CCAUCCCCAACAGUGUUGGGCGAGAUUUGGAUCUGUUUGCAUCGUCGGCAGGCAACGCGUUCACUCACACACUGAUACACCAAAACACACCGACACACACUCAGCCAUACCAACACACACACACAUACAGAGACAAACAUACGCAUACCGUGUCAGAGGACAGUCGAAAACUGCGCGUGGUCGCCCCACGGGCCACUGAGUGUGAGUGCGAAUGCGAAUGCGAUUGCGAAUGUGAGUUAGUUUUGUGAGUGAGUGUGUGUGUGCAUGUGUGUGUGUGUGCGUUGGCGACUUCAUAAAAAAUUCAACAGCCUACCAAAAGAAAAACAACAAGAAAAUUCCUAGAGAGCAGCUGAAGAAGCAACAAAAAAAAAGAAAAUAAAAGAAAAAAGAAAAUAUAUUGUAUAUACAAAAGAAAUGUGUGUAGUAUAUAAAUAAAUGUGUAUAAACAAAAGUGCAAGUAAAACACAAUAUUUCAACGAUAAAUUCAACAAAAUCAGUGGCGGUGUGCGGCAUUCGCCCAUAAGCGCCACUUGGAGGCACUUCGAGUCGUUGACGACACAAUCGAGAUUCAUUGAAUGCCAAUUCGCAGCGCUGUUAACUGAAUUUGAAAUCGAUUGCGACUGCGACUGCAAAAAAGAGUAAACAAUAGUGGAGGAGAAAUAUGCCACGCAUCAGCAGCAGCUGCACAGUGUCAAUGUGGCUGAGAGCGCGAGGCGUGGCAACUACAUGACAAGCGUCAGGAUUAGGACGACGACGACGACGACGAGGACGCGAGCGAAUCGAUCAAUGUGCCCAAUCCAUGACCACGACCCCAGCCAGAGCCGCACUCGAGGAUAAUGCAAAUAGUCGUCAACAGCAACAGCAACAACAACAGGAACAACAGCAGCCAUAACAGCAGCAACAACAAUCACAGCAACAACAACGAGAAGAAGAACAACAAACAACACUUUGAGCACACUUUCCCCAAUGGCGGAUGCGGACGAUAGCAACAGUGGCGAGGGCAGCGGCGGUGGCAGCGGCAGCGGCAGCGGCAGCGGCAGCGGAGGCAGCGGCGAUGGACUGGAAUCGCAUCGCGACUCGCUGCAACUGCUGACCAAAUUGGACAAGGCGGUGUCCACCAAUGACAUACUGCUCGAUCUGCAGCGUGCGCUCACCUACGAGGCCGUGUUCAGCAGCCUCGUGGAGCACAAGAUGCAGGCGCUGCGCCGCGACUACGAGGAGCACAAGCGUGCCAAGCGCGCCAAGAAACGCAAAUCGAUUGGUCGCAUUCUGCUGCCUCGCAAACUGUUUGGUGCACGUCGUGCCAGCAAGGAUGAAUCCGAUCCGGAGGAGGAGGAGCAGGAGGACGUUGAAGUGCGCGGUCUGCAGCCAGCACAAGCUGCGCACUGCGAUGACAUCGAGGUGGCCUCCGGUUCGUUGCCCGUGCAGCGUCACUCGACGGUCUGCGUGGAGCCAGCGCUGGAGGAUAGCGUGGCCAGCACGCUGAGCAACUCGUCGGGACGACAGCAGGCCAGGCACAGUCACAGUUUGUUGGUGCAGGCGCAAACGCAUACGCCUGCCCAGACGCUGCAAUCGAUGCAGCGCGACAGCAGCUCCGACUCCGAGGAGGAGGUGCAACGGAGCACCACGACCAAUGGCGAUCCGGCGCCACACACUCCGGCUGUCUCCUGCUACGACAAUACUUCGCUGGCCACUGCCACCGCCACAGCCACAGGCACAGCAACCGCCACAGCCACUGCCACAGCAACUGUGGUGGGCGGUGGGCGUGGCCAGCACAGCUCCACCAUGGCGGACGACAGUCUGACCGCCUCGUUGCGCGGCAGCCUCGAGAGUCUCUCCUACUCCAGCUCUCGCUGCACGGUCAGCUUUGGCGGCGCCGAGAUCAUCGCCGUGACCCAUGGCCAUGAUGCGGACACGCGGGAGCGGGCGCGUCUGGCCAAGCGACUGCGCAUCCUGGAGGCCAAGUCGAUUAGCGCACAGUGUAGCCCCAUCUUUCCGCGCAGUGUGGCACGCACGAUGGCGUUGCCCAUGCCACAGCAGGCGCGCAUCCACAUGAAUGUUCCCUCCAGUCUGGCCAGACAGCUGCCACAGCAGCUGCCACAACAGCAGCAGCAACCGCAGCCGCAGCCGCAUGUGGCACUAGAAAUCGGUUCGCUGUCUGUGCCACAGACUCAUCCUCAGCCCCAUCCACAGCCGGAGGCAUUGGUGCCACAACGCAAGCGACUGCUGCCCAAGCAACUAUCCUGCACCGAAAGCUAUUCGGGGGCAGGCAGCGAUUUCGAUGGAGCCGCUGCCUAUGCACGCUACUUUUCGCGCCAGAACACCUCCGAGGAUAGCGCCAAUGUGACGGUGAGCACAGUGCUGGCCCAAAGUGAUUCGCAGUCGCUGCACGCGUUGCCCAGCUAUGCAAAUACGCCAACAACGGCUUCGGAACGUGUGAAAUCUCGAAGCACUGGAUUGCUGGCUGCCAUGCCCGAGGCCAUCGUAAUUCCCAUGGAGGAGGAGGAUGAUGAGCAGCCGUUGCCCGCUGCUCAGCUGGCGGAGAAACUGCAUCGCAUGACCUCCACAUCGACGGGUUCCAGUCUGGCGCCCACUGGCUGCUGCAGUGCAGCCAAGUCGUCGGCGACCAAACAAAUUCAGAGCUUUAAGCCCGUGCUGCCAAUGCCCGGCACACUGACGGCGCCCAGCACAGGCAGCGAUGAUGAGUACCGACGCCGCAAGAGGAAGUACAAACGUCAUCAUCGCUGCUCAGAUCCCGCAUUGGUUUAUCCCACGCCCAAUGGACUGCAGCACUGUGUGCAUGUGCUUGGCCUGCCACCCGAUGCCCAGCCCAUACAAUGCCCCUAUGCCGAGGACUCGCCGUGCGACCUGCAGCUCGACAUGGACACGGACGCUGAUAAAAUCGACGACCUUGAACACAUGGUGCCUGGCGGCGGCGACGGUCAUCAGCGACAUCGCAGAAAGCAUCGGCACCGCCACAAAAAACGCCAUCGACAUAAAAAACCCAAAAUACUUGUACAGGAUUUGGACACAGAAGUUGUUAAGGUGAUCGAUCCGCACGAUCUAUCGCAGCGUGCUCGCUGGACAAUCAUUGCAACUGCCUGCCUCCUGUUGCUCAUGUGCCUGAUGCUAAUCGGCGUAACUCUGCGAAUGGCGCCCAUUAUCGAUGACAUGGUACGCCAAGAGAACGAGCGCAGCAUACGGGAGAAUCUGGAAAGGACCUUGAUGAUGAAGAACCUCACGGAACUGAAUCUGCAGCGACAGCAACAGCUGUUGAUUCAGGCGCAUCAGGCGCAUCACUAGCAGCAGUUGAAUAUGCAUGAGUUGGUUGAUGCAGCAAGUGUCCUUGUUACGGCUCAUCGACUGGCGUGCUUCUAUUUGUUUUCUUUGUGAACCGCAACCGGACUGCGAUCCUCACUCCUGCUCCACUCUCCACUCUUCCCGCAAACCGACAACCAAACAAAAGUUAUGCGCACAAAUCAAAUGAAACCACUUUGUUAACUACAAUUCAAAUGAAGUUCAAGUUGAAGAUGGAAGAUGAAGAUGAAGCCGGCACUCUGAAGUGCCCAGAGGAGGCUCUGAGAGAUUAACGAGUAAACUACUUAAGCAAACAAACAGCAGAAAAGCAUAAAUUAAAUACAAAAACAUAUAUGUAGUAUAUAGUAUAUAUAUAUAUAUAUAAAUUAAUUUGUUUGAUAUAAGCACCAAGACGAGUGUUUCGCAGAUUGUUAGUCAAGUUGUAACUAAACUAAAAAAACCACAAAAAAAAGAAGAAAAAAACAAAUGAAACAAUUCAAAAGUGAUCCAGUUUAGGCCUCAGUUGUGGGGCAAUAUGUUAUUUAUAAAAAGUUGGUUUGAUGCAUUGUAAAUGUAUAUUUAUUGUCUCGUAUGCUAAAUGUAAUUUACGUGUUACGUCGAUCUGUUUUCCCCAGAUCUCUCUGCAUACCUUAAAUGCUCUCAGCUUGCGCCACGCACGCACAACAAAUAUUUUUGUACAGUACUCACACAAUGAGUGCUACUCACUCUCAUUCACUAUUUCCCCAUCCUCCAUCCCCUACCCCCCGAUUUCCGACAUCCCUUUGGCUUGGGAGAUGCAUAUAAAGAUUGAGUGCAUAAAGGUUUCGCAUAUCUUUAGUCAGUUUGUUCAUUGGUUUCACUUCAUUGUUUCCCUUUCUUCCGCAUAAUAAAUUUUACAAUUUUUCUGCUCUUUUCUGAAAAUCUUCCAUCUCCUCGCGCCCCUCCUCCUCCUCCUCCUCCUCCUCCUCCUCCUCCAUAUGACUGGUGCGUAGCGCGUUGGGAAAGUAAAUAAAAGAAAUAAAAAUAUAUAUAAUAUAGUUGGUCAAUAGUUAUGUAUAUCUGAAACAAAGUUGUUAACUGAAAGUAUUCGUAAGUAACAAAACGUUAAAAGAAGAAAAAGUUUUUGUAACUGUAAGUAAAAUGGUAACUAGCGAGCAAAGGAGACGAAGCGAGCAAAUUAACGAAAAACAGUAAAAAAGAAAAAGGAGAAAAGUAAACAGAGAAAACAAUUUUCUGAUUGCAUAAUAAUGAUAAUGAUAAUUACGAUAAUAACGCAUUCAAUAGUUUUAUUCUCACUUUGUUUUCAAGCAAGUGUAUUCGCUGCUAUUGUGCCAAAGUCAGAGCAGACAGAGAUAGGAGAGAAUAUUGAAAGAAAGAGAGGGGAGAAAUAAUUGUUGUAUAGCAAAUAUAUAGCUAAUAAUCUAGUCUCUAGAAAUUAACAUAAAAAAAAAAAAAAAAACAUUAGCAGUUACUUAUGUAAGUGCAAAACGAGCUUGUUGUCGAAUUAAAUUUAAUUUAAAUUUAAAUCUACAUUUAAAUUUAGCUACAAUUAAGUUACAAUUAUAUGUACUAUAUGUGAGGAAUACGAUCUAUAUAUUAACUGAACUUUAGUGCAUAUAAAUGUGUAUUUUUGUUAGGUGUUUGAUUGACAUUUGUAUUUGAAAGUGUGUGUGUGUGUGUGUGAGUGAGUGUGUGUGCGCGCUUACUUUGUUGCAAUCUCUUGAAAUUAGCUUGAAGCAAACAAUUUCUAUCGGUUUCAGCCGCAAAAGCCGCAUCUAAAGCUAAAUUCAGGCACAAUACGCAGUCUUCACAUUUUGUUUUGUUUGUUCAGCUUUGGUUGUUCAACACACACUAUUGCUGUUUCAGGAUAUACUACUUAUAACAUACAUAUAUAGUGGACGGUUGAUAGUUGCAGGAAUUAGCAAAUUCCAAAUUGAUAGUUGGAAGAAAGUGGUUAAAAAGUGGCCAUUUUUUUGUUUUUUUGCAAAACGGUAUAACUAAGCUAAACAGCCCGAAUUUUGUGUAAGAUUGUGCCUAAUCGAAAGUGAGAAUUAUAACAAAACACGUUUAAACCAAAAUAAUAAUUAUUAUAAUAAUAAACUUUGCGAAUACCGUUGGCAGGAUAAACUUGCAGAGUUGCUAAUUAAAUUAGUUCUAAUUAAAAAACAAAAACAACAAAAAAACCAAAAACAUACAGCCUAAAUCGAUGUCAAUAACGUUAACUGCUAGCAACAAUUAUGAAACAUACACUCAUUUUUGGAAUACAAGGUUCAUAGAUGACAAACUAAGUAAACUAAAAACAAAAACAAAAAAAAAGUAAAAGUAAAUGGAAAGCUUUAAAUUAAACCAAAUUUUGAAAAUCGAAAAAAGAAAACAACUAUUUAUAUAAGUAAAUCCAGUUAAAUGCGAUACGAGUACAUCAAAUGGAGAUUAAGAAUAACACUCAUCCGACCCGUGGCACAAAUAAAUAAUUACAAACACACACACACACACACACACACACAAGCACACAUACAUGCAUACACACACAAAAAGAGUACUGAGUAGUGCAGUUUAACUUUGUGUUAUUUCUCAUUUUUGGGCAAAUGCAUUGCCAAAUGAAUUAGACCGUCGACAAAAUUCCUGCUAAAUCCUUAUGAAUAAACAAAGCAGCACAGAAAACACUCAAAACGAAUCCCACACACACAUGCAACAAAAACAAACUACAAAACGCUUCAGGCUCAAGAUAGAAAAUUGAAAUAGAAUUUCACAAAAUCAAAGUACUUUGUAAUUGCAUUUAACGUAAGAAAAUAAAUGAAUACAACUAUAUAUGAAAAGCGAAAUUAAAUUAGUUACAUAAUUAUACGAACAACCCAAAACAAAACAACAACAAAAUAUAUAUAAAUAAAUAAAUAAAUAUGAAUAAGGAAAUUAAAUGAAAUCUACGUAGCUAAGUGUAUAAAAUCUAAGCUGAAUUAUUAUACAAUCUGGAAACGAUUCGAUAACGAUGAACAUAUUCAUUUGUAAGCAUUAAUUCAAAUUCAAAACGAAUUCAGAGAGAAUCCAUAAGAAUCAGGCUCGAAAAUUGUUGUUUAUUCAAUUCCAAAAACAAAACAAAAAAUAAAACAAAAAACAAAAACAGCUCUUGAGCAAAUUUUUAGCCUUUGCAAGUGAGACUCUGGUGCCCAAUCUCAAGUUUGAGCAAUUAUUUACAAAGUACACACGAAUUGCGGCAAAUUGUAAAUAUGGAAACAACUUAAGAGUAAUUUAAUAAUAAUAAUAAUAUUAUUGAACAAGGAAAAAGCUUAACAAAAAUCAAAGUUUACAACUUGCAGUAUAAAAAUGCAUACAUUAAAUUAUAUAUAUAUGUUUAUGUAUAUAUAUAUAGUACAUAUAUAUACAAAACAUACAAAUGUAUAUUCUGAAUAACAAGGAACACAAACACAAAAAUUAAAAUCGAAAACCUAAAAGAAAAAAGAAAAAAAAACGAUAACUUAAUACCUAAAUGUGUGCAAGAAUUCAAAACUUAACUGUUAAUUGUUGGUCGAAAUCGAAAUCAAAAUGAUAAUGAUAAUGAGAUAAUGAAAGUGGAAAUCAAAUCAAACAUUUGAACGCAUUAAGCGUUUUAUUCAUCAACCAAAACAAAAAUGUUGAAUUACCAUAAAACUAAACGAAAAAGUCAAACAAAAUUUAAUAAGAAUACAAAAAAAAAAAAAAAAUGAAAACGAAAACAUAAAAACAUAAAAACAAAACAAA